AUGGACCCAUUCAACCUCUCUCAGGGUGAGCGUACCCGACCCGGGAAUUCCAUGUGUGAAAUGAUCAUCACCCUGAGGCUAAGAUUCCCCAAGAGCCAUCACUCGCCCAUUGAUGUUAUCCACAGACGCACCGAAAACCUUUCGAACUUCGCCCUGUUUACCAUCGAUAGGUCCAAGAUACGCCGCCGCGUUCAAGCCAGUCCGAAGGCCCUCUCAGAUCCCGGCGCCACGGAGGCAUUUUCUCCUCCUCCUCCUCCUCCUCCUCCUCCUCCUCCUCCUCCUCCUAUUGACACCAAAUGCUCUCUCUCGUCGCACACGGUACGGGCACAAGGUGUAGGAUCGCAGUUCCUUUCUGGCUACUUAGGCGCUGGACUGCAUGUUAUCGUCACUGUCGAGCCCAGUAGACGGGGAACGCUUGACCCAGGCUGCGAGUAG